AUGUCCGGAAGACGUCCCUACGGAGGCGAGCUCAAGAGCAAAACCGUAAGUUUAUUUUUCGAACACAUGUCUCAGUUUAGUCUUUGUUUAUAGAUCUCUCAAGCAGUUGCGCUUCUAAAAGCUGAAGUCCCGGCCGAUUUCCGAGAUUUGUCAACUGCCCCGCGGGUAUGUUAACACUAACUUUUCAAUCUCAGUUGAUGUGAGAAAGCAAUCGGCUCUACACCACAUUUUCAGUGUCCCGCCUCUUUAAACGUUCUUUUUUCAGUUGGCCGUACUCGAGGCGGCGAUCCAUUUUAUCCGACAACACCGCGAUCCAAUCACUGCUCUCGUUCCUCUGGAAACCAACAAUGAAGUGGUCCCAAGUUCCAGAAGAAGAGCUUCCGUCCGACGGGGACCAACUCGUCACCGUCAGGAAGGACCGUCGGCUUUUAGGAGACAUCGUGUGAAACUGGGCGUGAACCCUCAAACCAAUAAUCUUCGUGUAUUUCUUAACAUGCCGCCGGUACAACAGGAUGUCAAUGUGGAUGCUAAGCCGCAGAAUUCGGAUGUGGUCCGUGAUCAAUCGCAAGUUCAAAUGGAACCUUUUGAUAAUGGAAAUGAGCAGAACGAUUCUCAAAAGGACUCUAGUUAUUGUGCUAAACAUUUGCUUCAACUAGCAUAUCGUUCAUGA